AUGUGCCCUUCUUGCGAACCUGAAGCUGCCGCCAACGGCAACGGCCAUGCAAACGGAGCCUCUUCCAAUGGUACCAAUGGAUCCGCAAAUGGCGAGGCCCAUCCAGGCUUCACUGCCGUCCAGACCAAGUUGAACCCCCACCCCACCAGACACAACCCAUACCAGUCCGUCGGUGACUUCCUGAGCAAUGUAUCGAGCUUCAAGAUCAUCGAGAGUACGCUGCGGGAGGGUGAGCAGUUCGCCAAUGCCUUCUUCGACAGAGAGAAGAAGAUUGAGAUUGCCAAGGCCCUGGACGACUUUGGUGUGGACUAUAUUGAAUUGACUUCCCCUGCUGCAUCCGAGCAAUCAAGAGCUGAUUGCGAGGCCAUCUGCAAGUUGGGAUUGAAGGCUAAGAUUCUCACCCACAUCCGAUGCAAUAUGGACGAUGCCAGAAUUGCGGUGCAGACCGGUGUGGAUGGGGUUGACGUCGUCAUCGGCACUUCUUCCUACCUCAUGGAGCACUCUCACGGCAAAGAUAUGACCUACAUCACUAACACCGCCAUUGAGGUGAUUACAUUUGUGAAGUCACACAACAUCGAGAUCCGAUUCUCCAGCGAGGACUCCUUCAGAUCCAGCCUGGUCGAUCUUCUCUCCAUCUACUCCACAGUCGACAAGAUUGGCGUAAACCGUGUUGGCAUUGCAGAUACCGUUGGAUGUGCUUCCCCCAGACAGGUCUACGACUUGAUCCGGACUUUGAGAGGUGUUGUCAGCUGUGAUAUCGAGACGCAUUUCCAUAACGAUACUGGUUGCGCCAUUGCCAAUGCCUACUGCGCUCUUGAGGCCGGUGCCACUCACGUCGAUACCUCAGUUCUGGGUAUUGGUGAGCGAAACGGUAUUACACCUCUUGGUGGAUUGAUGGCACGCAUGAUCGUUGCCGACCGCGAGUAUGUUAUGAGCAAGUACAAGCUCGACAAGCUCAAGGAUAUCGAGGAAUUGGUAGCUCAAGCCGUUGAGGUCAACAUCCCCUUCAACAAUCCAAUCACCGGUUUCUGCGCCUUUACUCACAAGGCCGGUAUCCACGCAAAGGCAAUUCUCAACAAUCCCUCAACCUACGAGAUUAUCAAUCCCGCCGACUUUGGCAUGUCCCGUUACGUGCACUUCGCGUCCCGCCUGACAGGCUGGAACGCUAUCAAAUCCCGGGCCACGCAGUUGAACAUCGAGAUGACAGAUGCUCAAUACAAGGAUUGUACAGCCAAGAUUAAGGCCUUAGCCGAUAUCCGACCCAUCGCCGUCGAUGACGCCGACUCGAUCAUCCGCGCCUUCCACCGCGGCCUCAAGAUUGGCAAGCAGGUUGAUCUCCUGCCUAACAUGACCGAGGAGGAGAAGGCUCUGCUUGCGGAGAAGGAGAAGGAGAUUGACAUCCCCGAGAAGCGACAGCUAGAUGCCGAGGCUGGCGUUCCAUCCGCUUAG